UCAAAAUUUCCAAACCUUCUUUCUUUCUUCGGCUCUUUCGACUCACCGUUUUCGUAGCUUGAGUUUCAGGAGAGUUCAAAAUUUCCAAACCCUCUUUCCUUGUUUCGACUCACCAUUUCCAUACGUUGAGCUUGCUGAAACUUCCAAUUUUCCAAACCUUCUUUCCUUGUUCGGCUCUUUCCAUUGUUCUUCAAUGGCUUCUGUGUGUACUACAGUGUGUACUCCUCUACGUUUUAAACCAUCUAUUUAUUCGGUUACAACGGGUCUGUCUUUGUGUCAUCGGGUUCGUUCUCGACCCUCUGUUUCUGUUUCGGUUAACGUUGGAUCUCGUAUCAAACAAAACCCUCCUGGAUGUUCCUCUGUUUUUAAAACGGGGAGGAAGAGGGGUGACCUAUUUCUUGUAAGGGGAGGAAUAUUUCCCCCGGGCAGUGAGGAUCAAUUAGACAAGCACGAUGGUUAUGAUGCUGUUGGUGGUGUCAGAAAACAGAUGGCAGAGAUUCGGGAAAUAGUAGUGUGGCCGCUGAAGAAUCCACAUCUAUUUCAGUCAGUUGGUGUGAAGCCACCUAAAGGGAUUCUCUUACAUGGACCUCCAGGAUGCGGAAAGACUUCAAUAGGAAGAGCUAUUGCUAACGAAGCUGGUGCUUCCUUCUUCUGUAUAAAUGGACCAGAGCUUAUGUCUAAAUAUGUCGGAGGGAGUGAGAGCAAUCUCAGGAAAGUAUUUGAGGAAGCAGAGAAGAAGGCUCCAUCGAUUAUCUUUAUUGAUGAGAUUGAUUCUAUUGCUCCCAAUAGAGAGAAAACUCAUGGGGAAGCUACAGGGAGGGUUGUUUCCCAGCUGUUAACCCUUAUGGAUGGUGUUAAAAGCCGUGCUCAUGUUAUUGUGAUUGGUGCUACUAAUCGUCCUAACAGCAUUGACCCUGCCCUGAGAAGGUUUGGUAGAUUUGAUAAGGAAAUUGAAAUUGGUGUUCCAGAUAGGAUUGGGCGUCUUGAGAUUCUUCGAAUCCAUACGAAGAACAUGCUGCUUGCUGAAAAUGUUGAUUUAGAAAGAAUUGCCAAAGACACACAUGGAUAUGUCGGUGCUGAUUUAGCAGCUCUGUGCAGUGAGGCUGGACUCCAAUGCAUCAGAGAGAAGAUGGGCGUGAUUGGCUUGAAAAAUGAGGACAUAGAUGCUGAGAUACUCCACUCCGUGGCUGUUACGAAUGAGCAUAUCCAACUACAAAUUGGUACCGGAAAAAGCAAGCCAUCAAUUCUGCCUGAAACAGUUGAUUUUAAAAGAAUUGCCAAAGACACACAUGGAUAUGUUGUUGCUGAUUUAUCAGGUCUGUGCAGUGAGCCUGCAUUGCAAUUCCUCAGAGAGAUGGGUAUGAUUGGCUUGAAAAUUGAGGUCAUAGAUACUGAGUUACUCAACUCCAUGGUUGUUACGAAUGAGCACUUCCAACUAAAAAUUGCUACGGGAAAAAGCAAGCCAUCAAUUCUGCGUGAAACGGUUGUUGAAGUGCCCAAUGUCAGUUGGGAAGAUAUCGGAGGCCUUGAGACUGUUAGGCAGCAGCUUCAAGAGAUCAUCCAGUAUCCCAUGGAGCAUCCAGAAAAGUUUGAGAAGUUUGGUGUGUCAGCCUCAAAGGGAGUUCUUUUCUAUGGCCCACCAGGAUGUGGGAAAACUCUUCUGGCCAAGGCUGUUGCCAAUGAAUGUCAGGCAAACUUUAUCGGUGUUAAGGGUCCAGAAUUGCUUACCAUGUGGUAUGGAGAAAGUGAGGCUAAUGUUCGAAAAAUAUUUGAAAAGGCUCGCCAAUGUGCUCCUUGUGUGCUAUUCUUUGAUGAGCUGGAUUCAAUUGCUAUAAAGAAGGGGCACAAUUCAGUAGAUAGUGGCGCUUCUGACAGGGUUUUGAAUCAACUGCUAACGGAGAUGGAUGGAUUUUCUACCAAUAAAAUGGUUUUUGUUAUUGGAGCCACCAACAGGCUUGAUCUUAUUGAGCCGGCACUUACGCGUCCUGGCCGUUUUGAUCAAUUGAUUUAUAUCGCUUUGCCUGAUGAAGAAUCUCGCUAUCAGAUUUUCAAGGCUUGCCUUAGGAAAUCUCCUGUUUCUGAAGAUGUAGACCUGGGAUCCCUUGCUAAGAACACCCAAGGCUGCAGUGGUGCUGAUAUUAUGGAAAUAUGCCAACGUGCCUGCACCUAUGCCAUAAAAGAGGAAAUUCAGAAGGAGAGUGAGAGGGAGAGGAGGAGAAGGGAGACUCCAGAGGCUAUGGAGGAGGAAGUAGAAGAAGAAGAGGUGUCAGAGGUCAAGGCUGCCCAUUUUGAUGAAUCAAUGAAAUAUGCGCGUAGGAGUGUAAGUGAUGAUGAUGUCAUUGAUAUGAACCAGGCAGUUGUUGCAGGGGGUCUGAACUGACCAUUUUUGAACCUUUGUUCAACAAACACCUUUGAAGGCAACAAUGGUAUUAAGACUAAUGGUCGUCUGAUGAUUACUAUGUUAUUGUUACACGCUUUUUGUGGCAUUUUCACUCGAGACUUUGUUAGAUUAAACAAUUGACAGGUUAGUGGAACUAGAACUUCUUUAUAAUAAGUUCUUUGAACCCUAGGUUAGUGGCUUGAAUUAUCUCAUGUUAUUUCUAUUUUCUUCUUGUGAAAAUCUUUUUGAUAAGAAUGGAUCAAUUUUGGAGCAAA